AUGCAGACGACUGGUUUUCGAGCUUGCGAGUUAUGCCGUGCCCUCAAAGUGCGAUGCAUGCCAGCCGACGACGCUGCAGGGAGCAGUGGCGGCAGCAGCAGUCCCCAGGGCAGCAGCACGGGACCCGUCGCCCUGCCGCCUGUCUCCGAGCGGCCGGCGUGCCGUCGAUGCAAGGACACGGGUUCGACCUGCGUCUACACCGAGCCUCGGAGGACGAAGCGGAAGCGGACCGACGUGCGCGUCCGUGAGCUGGAGCGCGAGGUGCGCAUGCUGAGCGAGCUGCUGAUGCUCCGGAGACGCGUCGCCGAAGAGGGCAUGCCUGUGUCCGAGUACGAGCAGGCCCAGACUUCGGCACGAGCGUCGCUGGCGGCCGCUGCUGCGACGGCUAUGCCACCACCGGCCCAACAAUCUCUGCCCGACACGCCGUCUGCUUUGUUUACGACUCCAACGCCAUUGAGCACCUCCACGAAUACGCCACACAGCGGUACACAUCAAGCACCACAACCGCCCGCAGCAGCAGCAAGAACAACGACAACUCCAACUUCUGCUAGUACGACGAGAGCAGGGACGGCAGCCACCGACAACAUGGCAUUGCAUAGCCAGCCACAGCCUCUAGUAGCCGACCCUGUGGCGGCCGGCAUUUUGUCCAUGGAGAAAGCCGUUCGCCUGUUCCGCCGAUAUGUCACGGUGAUGGCACCGCAGAGGCCGUUUGUCGUGUUUCCCAAGGUGACGCUGUCUGGCGAGAUGGAGUUUACGCCGGCCGUGGAGGCUUCGAUCAGCAUGGUGGCGACUCUGGUCCGCGAGCAUACGCCUGUCCUCUUUCUGUCGAUCCUGACAGCUGCCUUGGGGACCGGCGCAGACGACGAUAGCACCGAUGGUAGCACCGACGGCAGCGCCCACAACUUGAACGACAACAGCAGCGGCGGGCAGGAAGACGUAGCCACGUUGCUCGACUCAUUGCUACUACGUGUCUAUGCCGACCGCAUCAUCUACCAAAGCGAGAAAUCCCUGGAGCUGGUCCAGGCGCUUUUGAUCUCCUCGAACUGGAACUUUUACAGCUUCGAAAGACCGACUAGUAACUGCCUCAUACAUGCCACAGCUGAGGCAGCCGUCAACCAGAGCACUGACCAAAAUGGCUCGAACCCGACCGUCAGCGGAUUCGACAACCUGCGCUUCUACCAGCAUCUGCACAUGGCAGCCACCAUGGCCGUCGAGAUCGAAUCCGAGUACCACGAAAAGGGACGCGUUCGGACAGGACGCACCGGCGGCGGCGUUGUCAGUGGUCUCUUGGAGGAUCCAUUGGCGUUUGAGCGGACGCUGCUGGCGUGCUACAUGUGCUGUUCGAGCAUCUCGCUUGGCUUCCAUCGCCAAACCAUGCUCUCCUACACCCCCGUCAUGGCUGGGUACCUUCGGCGGCUGGAAGCAUCGCCCCAUGCCGCUCCGACCGACCCGGUCACGGUGGCCUGGGUUCACCUACAACGAACGGUCGACACGAGCGCGGGUGUAUUGGGCCUGCGGGCGGUUGUCCGCAACGGCAGUGGUGCAGCGACACUCGCCGACAGCUCGGCGACGCACGGCUACGAUGCGGUGCCCGACCUGGCCGACCCGAACUUCCAAGCUCGAUUAAUGAAUGUCACGCGACAAUUGGAGCAGUGGCGGGUCGACCACAGCCGCUGCUUGACCAGUACGUCGGCCCUGGUCUUCGAGCCCGUCAAUAUUCCUCCGUAUCGUGUUUCCAUCCCCGGGACCUUUGAAGACAUGCCUGCCCGCAAGCCCAUGACACAGGCCCACCUCACGUCCCGGCGCAUCUGCCUGAUGGCCUCUCGCUCCCUCAUUGGCAUCUUCCUGGCCUCGCCCACGGAACAGCUGCUCGGCUCCCCUGUGGUCGUCUAUGCGCGUGUCGGCUAUGCCGUGCUCGUUCUCCUCAAGCUGCAGAUCUCGGCGGCCCUGCCCGGCGGCGCCAUGCACGGCCUUCUCCUCGACACCGUGACGGGCGACUCGGCCACGCAGAUCUACCAGUACCUGGAGUCGCUGAUUGCGCGUCUCGAGGAGCUCGAGGCGCUGGGCGGCCGCAUCGCGUCUGUCUGGAUUGCCAUGGUGCGCAUCAUUCAUACGUGGUACGAAGCCUACUUUGUUCCGGCGGCGAGCGGCCGCCCGGCCGAGUCCAACUCAAACGUCAACCCCGUGCUGGAGCCGCUGCGGUACUGCGUGCAGUCCAGCCAGGUGCAGCCGCCGUACACAAUCACGCCGGAGAUUCUGAAGCACAGCGAGCUGCACCGGGACCGGCGGAAGCACGACCCGUACUCUGUGACCGACGAGGGUUUUGCGUCUCUCGUGAACGGCAUCGGCACGUCCGUGUGCGGCAUGCUGUCGACGAUGAGCCCCUCCGAGGAAGAGGCGUUCCUGUCGAGUGCGCUGGACACGGGCGAGAUUGACCGCUGGAUGGACCCCCGGAUCGGACUUGGGGACAUCCAGAACCGGCUCUUUGAGUUUUCGGCCAUGUGA